CUAUGGAAAUGUUGGGUAAACAGGAAGCGGUGUGCCUGUAGUUUUCAAUCUGUACCAAACAAACUGUUAUAAACUUAAAAACAAUUGGUGUGAAAUAUGGCACUCACGGUGAUUUCCGCGAAAUACCCUCCACACAUUGAUCCAACAAAGACACCUCUUGCAUAUGGGGAUAGGGCUUUACCAAGACUUAAUAGAGAACUGAAUGAUGAAAACCUGAUGACACGUCAGAGGGCUGUUAUGUCCCUUUGUGAUCACUUACAUGACCCAGAACAUAUUGCAGAAGCAUUGAAAGUUGGUAUAGCAGAGAGUUUGAAGAAAUUGCUAUCAGAUGCUGAUACAACAGUCAGACAAAAAUCUACAGAGUGCUUGUUUGUUAUAGGAUGUCAUGCUAUUGGACGAGAUGCAUUUCUUGAACACAAUAUCAUUCCACCAGUGUCUAAACUGUUUGAUGAUAAAGUUGACAUUGCAAGGAAAAAUGCUCAUAAAGCAAUAGAAAUGAUCUCAGAAACACCAUUAGGUGCUGAGGGUAUUGUGACAGCAGAUCUGAUAGGAACUUUAGUCAUGAAAUUGAAAAGUGAAGUGGAUGAAAUUAAGACACUUAUACUAGAUACAUUUACAUUUUUUUGUAUGCGUGUGGACACAGAGAGCCUGAGAGUGGAUGCAAUGAAGUAUUUACUUUCACUUCUUCCACACAAAGAUCCUGUCAUCAGAGCACGGGCUGCACGAGAUGUCAUGGACCUCAGUGCACCAUUAGAUGGCAAGAACAAAGCUGUAGAAGUGAAUGCAGUGCCGGCACUGGUUGGUCUACUUGAAGACAAGUCACCUGAUGUUAAAGCUAAUGCAGCAGGUGCUCUCAUGAUAAUCACAAUUACAACAAAGGGAAAGUACACAGCAUUAGAAGCGAAAGCAAUACCACCACUUGUCUCCCUUGUUGAUGAUGCUACCCGUGAAGGUCGAGCCAAAUGCCCACUAAAGGCUUUGACAUGCUUGUCAGAGGCUCCAGAAGGCAGAAGAACAUUGCUGGAGCAUGUUGACAAGGUACAAGAGAAAACUUUGUAUGUUGUUUAA